CACACACACACACACACGGACACACACAGGGCUCGGCUCCACCUCGCUCGGCGGGUGUGUGAAGAGGAUCCAGCCCGUUAUUUCAAGGUUAUCUCCUGCAGGAGCCUCACUGCUCGGAUCCUAUGGGAAUUCUGAUAACCGCGAUCCUUCUCUGGGCUGCCGUCGGAGUGGGAAGCCGGCCAGUUACCUCCCCCCUUAAUGAUGCAAAGGUUGAAUGUAUUAUUCAGGAGACACUGAAUGAAGAUGGGUCGCAGCAUGAGUGUGGCCCACAACUAGCAGAGGAACUUGAUGAAGUGCAAAGACAUCAGGGUCUUCUGAGGGAGCUGCAGAAGCUGGCCGAUGACGAGAGAGAAAGGGAACAAGAUGAUGAAAGGGAACACGACGAUGAAAGGGAGCGAUAUGAAUACAACCUGGCCGACGAUGAGAGCGACUUUGAGCAGAGGGAUGAGGAGGAGAAAGACGAGAAGGAUGUGAGCGACACUGAUAAAAAGACAGAAGGAAAAGAAGAAGAAGAUGAGGAGGAGACAGAAGAUGAUGACACCAAGGACAAGAUGACUGAGGAGCCGAGGAUUGAAGACAGAAUUGAUGCCGAGGACGAAAGAGCGAAGGAGCUUGAGGAGCUGCUGGCCGAGGAGAUCACCAAGAAAGGAAAAGAGGAGAGGAAUGAUGAGGAGCUCAAAGAACUGCUGAAAGAGCUGAAGAAGAAGCGAUAUGAAGCGGUGAAGGAGAGGAAGACCCAGAAAGUCUCUGAGAGUGAGCAGAAGGAGGAGGUGGAGGAGAAGAGCAAAAAGCAGGAGAAAAAGAAGGCUGGAGGAAAGGUGGAGGACUUGGAGAAGCAGAGGAUCGAGGAGAGGAGGAAGAACGAGGUGGAGCUGAUGGUGGAGAAGGAGAAGGUGGAGAAGGAGCUGAAGGAGCUGGACAGCAAGAACAAGCCGGAGCAGGAGAGGGAGAGGAAGGAGAAGCAGGAGGAGCUGGACGAACUGGUCAAGAAGAUGAAACGAGUGAAGGAGGAGGAGGACCAGGAGGUGCAAGGAGGAGGGAAGAAAGAGGACGGCGAAGGUGAGAAGAAGGAGGAGGACAAGACCGAGAAGAAGGAGGAGGAGGGCGAUGGAGAGAAGGAACCUGAUGAGAAGGCAGAAAAUGAAGUGAAGAAGAAGGAAGAAGCAGCGGUGGAGGUGAAGGAGCCGCUGCAGAAGAGAGUGAUGGAGAAAGCUAGCGAUGAAGCCACACGGCAGUUUGAGAGGGAGAGAUACAAGGAUGAGGAGGAGGAGGAGGAGGAGGAGGAGGAAAAUGGGGCGGAUGAGGAAGACGAGGAUGAAUAUGUCAAAGAGGAUGAGGAGGGACAGGAGGAUGAAGAUAACGAGGAGGGGGAUGCUGAGGAAGAUGAGGGAGAGGAGCUGCUGGAGAUCGAAGCAGAGUUGCGUAAAGUUGCUGCAGAGCUGAGGGAGCUUCGUAGAGGAUAAGACACACAAACACCCACUGACGCACACACACACACAACAGACUGACAAAGCCCUUUGUUGCAUUCACAGUCACACAUUCAGCUCACACAUUUUCCAUUUAACAGCCUUCAAUUCCCUUGAGCACUCAGAGAAAUGUCUUUAGAUGUGAAUCUGUAAAUGGACAUUUGUAGAAACUGUACAUACUGUUGUCUCAUUUCUACUUUUAGAUUUCCUGGAAAAGGCUGUCAUUGUAUUUGAACGCACAUUUGCACUGAGGGAAAAGAGACGCAGUUUUCCAGAGAAUCUGAAAGCUCGUGAUCAUCACUGGUGUCCCUGUCUGAGUACCUGUAAAUGCUGUUUGUAAGGUUCGACAGGUGAUUUCACUUUAGUUGUAAUGGAUGCAACGCAUUCAGCACUUUGAUUCAAAUGUUAGUUUGAUUGUAGAGUCAUGACUACUGAUAACCAGAGCUUCUUUUCCCUGGAGGUCUCAUCUUUGAUGGCGUGUUCUUGAAGGGAAAAUCAGGCUUCAUACAAUAAGUAAUAAGUGUAUUUUAAUAUAUAUUUUGUGCAAUAAUUGAUAACUAUGUGUAAGCUGUUCCGACUGUUAACAAUACGUAUUACUGAUAUUUCUACACAGGAGUAAGUCAUUAUUUCCUCUUCAUUUCCUUGACGAUAAAGUAGAAACAGGGAUUGUGUUUCAUUUGGCUCACGCACUGUUAAAACCAGACUGUUUGUGACGAACCCAGGUGACACGAGCAAAAAAUAAAAAAUUGUAACUCUGCACACCUACACGUACAUCAGGUGUUCAGGUUGUCUUCUGGUUGGUUGUGGCGACAGGAUGCGAUGUACUUAGAGCUUACAAGGUCUAAAAGUGUCACUUCGGGUUCUCAGCCAGCUUUGCACUCUUAUCUUAACAAGCCAAGGAGGAGCGGAGGGAAGGAGGAGGGAGACACUAAAGCCAUUUGUUGUCUUUUGGUAACAGCAGCACUGACAGUAACGCUGAUAAAUGCUCAGUCGUGCUCCAUCACAGUUUUCAUUGCUGUCCAGUCAUUUGUGUAAAUACCACAUUUGAAGUCUGUAAGCCAAGGUCAUAGGAAAUAUGAAGCAACAGCGCCCCCAAGAGGACACCGGGUAGACGUGCACACGGUGCAGGAUUAACAGGGUGACUACUAGAGGCCCACUAACCGCAAUAAAUACCACAAUAUAGACUACAGCACAUGAGAAUGCAAUAAUUAGCCAAAUAAUGAAUUUCAUGUAUUUUAACAUGUAAUCAAAGUGCAUCAUACAGUACUCAUAUAGCAAAUAUAAUCUCUCUUUUUUCUACACAGCCAAGAUUUACAACACAUUUAUGUACUCCGACACUGGCCAAGCAGCCGGUGGACUUGUUAAACACGUAGUGAUAAAAUAUAUUAUCAGUCAGCGCUGAGGAGCUCAUUACUGUCUGUUCCAAAGAGGAGAUGUUUGUUCACUUAAAUUAAAAAUGAAUGUACUGUAGUUUUGUUUUUCUAUAGAAGUGCAAAAAUGUUUCCACAAAAUUGAUCUGACAAACCAGCAAACAAAGCUGUGGGAAACGUCUGUGGUGGGGGUGACAUACUGGGCAUAGAAGACAGUUCAAACACCUGGGGGGAAAAAAUGAUCAGAAAAACAUCAUUUGUAAUAUUACCGGCCAAUCAGAGUGCUGUAUUUUGUGCCUGCUGUAUCUUCUUCUAUGCUACCUGUCAAUCAAUAAAUGGAAAGUGUAUCAGA